AUGGGCCACGAAGUCUCGCAGGCCUGCAUUCGCCGAGGUCGGGGCCACGGCGCGGAGCGUGAGAGCCGUUGUAUGACCUUGGCGCCUGUGGGCCUUACCGGUCCCGGCAUGCCGGAACAGUGCCAGGUCGUAGAGGGCGGUACCUACGCCGUCAAGCUGGUUGGCUCGGACCAACCCGCAGCGCAAAAGCAAGCUCUGGAGGAGCUGAAGGCGGCUCAUGGCGACAAGCUGGUGAUCAUUGAUUUCACCCAUCCUAGCGCUGUCAAUGCGAACGCCGAACUCUACACCGCUGCUGGUGUCAAUUUUGUUUUCGGCACGACCGGUGGGGACCGUGACGCCUUGAUGAAGGUCACCGAGCAGAGCGGGGUUUACGCUGUCAUCGCGCCGAACAUGGGAAAGCAGAUUGUGGCUCUCCAGGCCACGAUGGAGAGGAUGGCGAAAGACUUCCCCGGAGCCUUUGCAGGCUACAAGCUGGAGGUCACGGAGAGCCAUCAGAAGACCAAGGCCGACACCAGCGGCACAGCGAAAGCCAUGGUCUCUUCCUUUCAAGGCCUGGGCGUGGAUCCGUUCACCCACGAACAGAUCACCCAGCUGCGGGACGACGCCUCACAGAGAGCAUUCGGAGUGCCAGAGGAGUUCUCCAAUGGCCACGCCUUCCAUACGUAUACGCUCACAAGCAGCGAUGGAUCCGUCCAGUUUCAGUUUAAGCACAAUGUCUGUGGCCGCCGCACGUAUGGUGAAGGGGUUGCCGAUGCCGUCCAAUUCAUCGCUAGCCAAGCAGCCGGGAAGGCUCCAAAGAAGGUGUACAACAUGAUCGACAUCCUGGAGGCUGGGGAGAUGAAGUGA